AUGCAAUUAUAAUACUAAUCACUUAAGUUAAUCAUCACCGAAUCUAUGUUUUAAACACCGGAACCAAUUAGCAUUCAUUAUUAACGUAUUUACAAAUAUUUCAACUAAACCCCCAAUGACUUCAUACCAAAACAGACACCUUCAAUCUACUCUUUUUGUUUGAGAAUACGAUUUCUAUCCGAAUUGAUAAUAAUGUUAAAGGAGAAAAAGUAUUUUUUUGUAUAACUGAAGUUCAUUCUCAAGCUUUCAGAAAGGGAUCGAAAUCUAUAUGGACAAAAUGGUUGUUAAAGACAUAUGAGGAAUAUGGUUAAGAGGAUAGGGAAUGUGCCAAGAAAUCAAUGGACAUAAGUGAAAAUAAUAGAAUAAUCUAUUGAUUAAAUAAGUUAUAGGGAAAUGCUUCACAUUCUGGAAGUUCAUUUUUUAGAAGUAAAUCAUCUAAGUCAUUCCGAUUAAGUGCACUUUGAUCAAUCAAUUUUAAAGAAUGAGACUUGUCUGUUCAGAAGUUUAAUGAAUAUUUACAAUUUGAUAUGA